CACAAAUAAACACAACGUUAAAAGCUGAGAGCGAAGAAACAACUGCAUUAUAAACACAGGACAAAAGCAAAGAAAUCACUUUAUUAUUCCUUUUUUUCGUGCAAUUUACUUGAAAAAAACAAACAACUAAACAACGUUUGUACCAAUGGCUUCAAAUCGCAUUUUGAUCAAGGGUGGUAAGAUUGUAAAUCAUGAUUUUUCCAUUAUAUCUGAUGUUUAUAUUGAAGAUGGUUUGAUCAAGGACAUUGGACAGAACCUGCAGCUGGAUAAUAUUACUGACCUGAGAAUUAUUGAUGCUACAGGGAAACUGGUUAUACCAGGGGGCAUAGACACACAUACACAUAUGCAAUUACCUUUCAUGGGCACUUAUGCUGUUGAUGAUUUCUACACAGGAACCAAGGCAGCUAUUGCUGGGGGCACAACAAUGAUAAUUGAUUUUGCAAUACCAAAAAAAGGGGCCUCUCUGAUUGAAGCAUAUAAUACAUGGAGAAACUGGGCAGAUCCCAAAGUUUGCUGUGACUAUAGCUUGCAUGUUGCAGUCACAUGGUGGAGCGAUAAGGUUAAAGAAGAAAUGAAGAUCCUCGUCAGAGAUAAAGGAGUUAAUUCCUUCAAGAUGUUCAUGGCCUACAAAGAUCUGUACAUGGUUAAUGAUAUUGAACUUUAUCAGGCCUUUUCUUGUUGUAAGGACCUUGGAGCAAUUGCUCAAGUGCAUGCUGAAAACGGGGAUUUAAUUGCUGAGGGUGCAAAGAAAAUGUUAUCCCUUGGAAUAACUGGGCCAGAAGGUCAUGAACUGUGUCGACCAGAAGAGGUGGAAGCAGAGGCCACUCAAAGAUCUAUCACUAUAGCUAACUCAGUCAAUUGUCCACUGUUUGUGGUUCAUGUUAUGAGUAAAUCUGCUGCUAAGGUUAUUGCUAACGCCAGGAGAGAAGGUAAAAUAGUAUUUGGAGAACCUAUUGCUGCAAGUCUUGGAACUGAUGGGACAAACUAUUGGCAUGCGGAUUGGGGUCAUGCAGCAGGACAUGUGAUGGGGCCACCGCUUCGCCCAGAUCCAAGUACCCCAGAAUAUCUUAUGAAUCUCCUGGCAAAUGAUGACCUAAGUGUGACUGGUACAGAUAACUGUACUUUUAACACGUGCCAGAAAGCACUCGGAAAGGACGAUUUCACAAAGAUCCCUAAUGGAGUAAAUGGUGUUGAGGACCGAAUGUCUGUUAUCUGGGAAAAAGGAGUGCACAGUGGUAAACUGGAUGAAAAUAGAUUUGUGGCUGUCACUAGCUCUAACGCAGCAAGAAUUUUUAACAUAUAUCCACAAAAGGGUAAAAUCGCUAAAGGAUCAGAUGCUGACAUCGUUAUUUGGGAUCCCGAAGCUACAAGGACAAUUUCUGUCAAGACACACCAUCAAGCUGUGAACUUCAACAUAUUUGAAGGGAUGGUUUGUCAUGGAGUUCCUUUGGUGACUAUUGUUGGAGGUCGUGUUGUUUAUGAGAAUGGCAUCCUGAAUGCUGUGGCAGGACAUGGGAAAUACAUUCCACGGAAACCUUUUGCAGAUUAUGUGUACAGUCGCAUUCUCCAGCGAGACGAGGUGUCCCAGCCUAAACCGGUACAGAGAAAACCGUACAAAGGAGAAGUGAUCCAGUUAAAGUAAUUAUGGCAAAAUCAACCAUCAUCAGGCAAAACCAACAAUCAAAGCAAAAAAGACCAGGGAUACAGAACAAUUUCUCUCAAAUGUGUUGUUUUCUUAAAUUACUCGAAAUAUACACUUUAUCUUAGUAAUGGUAAUCAUAUUAAUUAAACAGUUAUCAACAUGAUUUACUGACGGAAUAUGUUGUUAGGGAAACUCCCAAAGUAGCAUACAAUGAGCAGUUAUUGAUCAGUCAUUUGUACUUCCUGCUCGCUGUCAUAGCCUACUGUGAUAUAUUCAUAUUAUAUGAUUAUAUUAUUUUUAUAUAUUUACCUGCUACUAGGCAUUUAGCAGUAUAAUUUCAGUUUAAUAUUAGUAUAAGAGACAACUACAGAUGUAUUAAAGAUAAAUAUUAAAUACAUUUUUUAUUUCA